AGAUUUAUCGAUGUUUUAAAAACACCAUUUACAUCGCUAUUACAGCAAUUUAUUUAGUUUAUACGUUCUCUAACAUUACUGUCGUAGUUAAUAACAAGAUUUUAGUUUUGAAUAAAUAUUAACAUUAUUUUGAUUAAUUUAAGUACAAAUUACAAGCAUUAAUGUAAAGUUAAAAAUGAUACCAUUAAAAUUUAUUUUACUUCUCGGCGCUCUAAGCAUAGUUUCAGCGCAGCAAAACCAAUUGGAGCAAAACAGAUGUAUUAUUCCAAGAAUUUUACAAGGAAGUUGGUUCUCAUGGGAGACGGGUUAUCCCACACAAACAGUAAUAGAUGCGACUUCCAUGUCACGCCGUGGAGUAUGUGUAACCAUGUCUGGCCAUGGUGAUGAGUAUUCAUUUAUCUUUAAAGAGCGGUCGGCAAAUUGCUAUCAUUGUGUUCACACUGUAAUACGUACACUGAAUGUGUUUGAAAAAAUUGAAGGUCCAUGCGUUUCAAUACCAACGGGAGUAGAGCCAAGCGUCGAAAAUGUUUGCAAAGGGUUAAAAGAUGACCAACAAUUAGUGACAUUGUUUAAUGAAAAUUUUGUGCCCAUUAACUGUCGAUCGUCGCUUGAAGGCGUGUGGCAUUUUACAUAUCAGAAUCGUUUCCGGUUUACUGGUGUCUGCAAUAAACCCGACGCGCGUAUCCAAUCUUGUCAAACAGCUGGCACUCAAUUCUUGAUACAAAACCAGAAAUUUAAUGUCACGUACCAACAGUGUGAGGGUAUGGAAGGCACAUUUACCGGUAUUGUGGAGUAUAGUUGCUUGGGCGAUUGGUUUGUCGGUAAAAAUCAUUAUUUUGCGGUCGCAAACACGAAAGAAUCGCGUAAAGAUGAAAAAUACCGGUGUUUCUUGAAAAAUCGUGAUGAUGAUUUGUACAUUGGUGUUUCCAUUACUGCAGAAUGUAAUACUUUGAAAACGCCUGAGAACUCCCCAGAACGUCUUAAGCUUACACCUGUAAAAGCAGAAUAUGUUGAACCCGGUUGUACACUCCCACAAAAUUUCUCUGGUGAAUGGGUUAAUACUGCAAAUAUCGAUGCAGAUGUGUCUAUUAGUGAAACUCAUAUAAACGAGACAUACUACCCCGAUCGAGCGCGUUACCGUCGUACGAUAUACGUUUGUCGUGAGCGGCGAGAUAAUCGAAUUAUGAUGGCUCGUCUUACAGUGGAUGGCUGUCAAAAGGAUUAUGUCUGUUUUGACUUUCAACCACGUCAUCAUAAUAUAAUACGCUAUCGCAAAGGUUUAGCUGUUAUCAAAGACGAUUUUAGUACCGUUUGUUCGUGGGUUCAAUUUAAAAAUGCAGAGGCUUGGAAAUAUGACUUGUUUCUAGCGAAAAAUCCGGUACCAGUACGUUGUCCAGUAGCGGGAAAAUUCAAUUUUACACAACGUGGGGAACAUCCCUUCAGAACGAGAAUUCUUGGCGGUGUAACCUUAAGUCCUCGACCGAACAUACAUUGCAAACAAAAUAUUUCGGAUUUAUCAGUAUGUGACACAGAUCAAAAAGAAUUGGCUAUUGAUGAGAACUACUGUCUGUCAGUGGAUCACUUGGGAAGGCCUGUGGAUAUAUACAGUGACCCGGAUUAUCGCAUGAAGUGUAUAGGUUUUUGGAAAGAGAAUCUCAAAUCUUAUCUCAUUACAUACGAUGAUUUGGAUCCACUUUCUAAGUACCGUUGUUGGGUAUAUCAACGUGCAGACUUGAAUCGUGUGCUAAUGUCGCAAGCUGUUGGAGCAUUUUGCAAACUAAAUCAAGAUGUCACAUCAUGGAAUCACACAGAGGGGGCCGCAGUCGCCAUUGAUGCCAUAGAGUACGAACGAGAGCGAGACGAUUGCCCUAUGUACUUUGAUGAUGGUGCCUAUCCAUGGAAAGAUUCAGACGCGUCCAACAUUAUAUUUGAUUGGGAUUUUUAUAAAGCAGAUGCCAACCCCAUAAUGUCAUAUGCAAGUGCUAUUUGUUUAAGUGUCGCCACAUGGAUUUUAUUUUAACAAAUCGUGUUCAUCACAUUACUCACAAAUAGUUUUUUAAAACAUAAUCUUAAAAAAUUUUAAAUGUAACGACAUACCUUAAUCAGGAAUCUCUUAGAACGUAUAAUUGACGACUUUACAAACUUGAAUGUGUCUUAUUAGCCCAUAAGUAAAAAUAUUCGAUUAUGUGUAUACAUUCCGUCCUCAUUGGAAAUUAUAACGAUAAGCUUAAAUCUAUAUGUGUAUAAAAACGUACAAAAGUUAAGUACAUUAAACCGUCCAUUUUUAAAUAAAUUAAAAAGUAAAAGCUGAUGUAAAGUUUGUUGUAUAAAUUAAAAAAAAAAUAUAAGUAUAUUCGUAGACAUUGAAAAUAUUACAAUAUUAAGUAAUACCAGAUAAUUGUAGCAGAGAACGUAUAUCAUGUAUGUAUGUAUUUUACGUUCUCUGCAUGCACCACACAUUGUAAAUAUUGCAAAAGUUUAGUUUGCGCAAAUUAUUUUUAUAUAUAAGUUAAGUUCUGUAAAACAAAAUGUGGCAAGUGACAUUUAUAUCGAUAACGAUUUUUCAUGUAUACUUGGCAACGCGGUAUGUAUUUGACACUUGGAACUGCUGUUUUUAUAUCACUCGUCGAAGAAAAAUAAAAAAACGAAAUCAGAUAAUCUGGUGGAGCUGGAAAGAAAAUCUGCAAAAAAAAAUAAUAAGCAAGUACUUAUUAUUUAAGAUCAUAGUUAAUUAAUUAUUAUUCUUAUCCAAGUGAUAUAUCAAAAAUGGCGCUCUCAGUAAUGCUGCGUAAUGCCGGCAAAUUAAAUGUUGUAGGACUAGGAAAAACGGCCUUAUCUUUACCGAUGAAGACUUUAACAACAAAGAGUACUCUUUCUGCAGAAAGUUUAAAAACUUUAAGUAAAAUGAAUAAUGCACAGUUCAUGUCAAGAACCUUCUCAUUAAGUUCUCCUAAGUUGGCUGCAGCUAAAGGCAAUCACACACCUUUAUGGACCGCUGAACGUCUGAUAUCUCUUUCCCUGUUGGGUGUUGUUCCUGCUGCUUUUAUCUACCCUUCGCAAACGCUCGAUGCUCUACUUGCGAUCUCUGUAGUCCUUCACUCCCAUUGGGGUGUAGAGGCCAUAAUCACAGAUUAUGCUCGCCCGCAAGUGGUUGGACCACUUUUACCGAAAGUCGCCCAUGGUGGGUUGAUAUUACUGUCUAUUGCAACACUUGGUGGACUUUUCUAUAUCAUACAAAAUGAUGUCGGAAUUACCAACUCCAUUAAGCAGAUUUGGAAGAUUAAGGCUGCUGGAUCUGGUUCAGCUGUUGAGGAAUCCGGUUCUCAAUAAUUGUAUUUUCUCAAUUACAUUCACACCGUUAUGUCAAACACGAAGAAACAGCCAAAUACGUAAACAGUUUAAUUUUUUGUUCGAUUUAAUCGUAUAUGAAAUGUAACUAUUGGAGAAUAUUAGAUUUUUUUAACGACAUUAGAGCGUAUAAAAAAUUGUCUUACUACAAUUAUAAACCAAUAAACAAUGAAAUAAAAUUAUAAACACCAA